AUGGAUCAACAGGCCUUGAAGGAAAGAUAUUUCUGCCUCAGAGCACGACAGCAGGAAUACUUCUUUGCCGUGGCAGGGAUAUCUGAAGUCAGCUCCUGGGGAGGAACGAUAGAUGAGAUGAUAUUCGAGGAGUCCGUCGCCUGGAUAGUUCUUCUCUUCGCCAAACCGGGUCAUCCUCGUUUUUCGCCCGUCUCCGAGCCCUUUGAGCAGUCCAAGAAGACGGUCGUUCGCUCAUCGCGUCCCAGCUCGCGGCUUCUCACCCUGCCAGCAGAGCUUCACCACGCGAUCUUCGACCUGCUUAAGAUCCGAGACGUGGUAUCCCUCGGCCUUACCUGUCAGUACCUCUGGGCCAUAUCUCGGUCGGUGAUCACGAAGUAUUUCACCCGGUUCCUGGGCGUCUGGGCCGGAGCCCCGACUACCUGCAACGGCCAUGACACGCGAUGGCCAUAUUCCUCGUUUGGCAGAGAGGAGCUGGGCCUGUUCAACUUCGUCAACAUGAGAAAACACAGGAUCAUACUGGCUAAGCGGCCGAAUUCUAUAACCUCGCCCAAGCCCGAGUUCAGCUGGAGCUUCCGAGACCUUCUACGGAAACACGCUCUCUACAUCACUCAGAAAGACCGUUGCCCAGCGGAUCUGGUCCGGGUCGUCGAUCCUGCACCGGCGUCCUUUUAUCCUACCAAUGGGCAGUGGGUGUUGCGCAACUUGACCACUCGCCAGUAUGUCACUGCGCAGGCCAUCGCACUGAAGCCGGAGUAUAUUCGGGGGCCGUUCAUCGACGUGUUGGGCUUCGGCGAGGUAAUCGUUGCGCAUACCUUCAACGCAACCCAUGGCUCUAAGCCGAGAUACUGUCCUGACAUUCAAGAGGGGACUCGCUGCGAGGGUGUCUGGGUAGGCCAUGCGCUGGAUAUCGUACCGUUGAAUGCUGCCACCAUCGACGACGGCUGGGAGGACGCAAGCCGUGAAGUUAUGGGACUGAUUGGCAGGAUAUGCAGAGCUGAGUUUGGAGAAGACUGGCAGGAGAAGCUGAUUGCGCGAAAGUGCAGCAGUCUGAAGCCGAAGUCCUGA